ACGUCGGAAUAUAAUAUCAGACUUGUACCUAACGCAAGCGAGCAACGAUAUCACACUUGUACCUAACGCAAGCAAGCAACGAGCUGAACUGGAACAAAGCCGAAAAUGGCUUUUGCCAGUGUGUUGAAACCGUAAGACUGGAGAGCGCAACGGAGAAUAUCUGCCUCGUCUUUUAAGGGGGGCGGUAAAAGAGGAGGCAGCUCUUUGCUUCCACUUCAGCCAUGGCUCUGGUGACCCUGCAGCGCUCCUCUAAGCCUACCGCGGGGUCUUUGGUCAGCUCCGCGACCACAAACUUGGAGGAGGAAUUGGCGAGAGAUGAUGGUCAAAGGGCAAUUCUUAGUCUCAAUGAAAGCUUUGUUAUGGUAAAAGGAGCAGCACUCUUUUUGCAGCAUGGUGCCCAGGGCCCCAAAACACCAAUCCAUCAAAAGAUAGCAGGUGAUCUACCCCAGCACCUGCAAGCGAUGAUUAACGCUCUCCGUUCUGAGGAUAAAAUUAGACUAGCUGUACGAUUGGAGAGCAAUUGCUUAGACUAUGUGCGCUAUAUGGUGGUUGUUUACACAAAUGGCCAUCAAAACACUGAGGAAAAUAUACUGCUUGGUAUGGAUUUCACGAACAAUGACAGUAAAAUGUGUUCUAUUGGAAUGGUUCUGCCCUUGUGGAGUGAUACCAAGAUCCACCUUGAUGGGGACGGAGGCUUUAGUAUCAGCACAGCUGAAAGGUCUCAUGUCUUUAAACCUGUGUCUGUGCAGGCCAUGUGGUCAGCUUUACAAGUGUUGCACAAAGCGUGUGAAGUGUCUUGCCGGUAUAACUACAUCCCUGGGGGCAUGGCCCUCACCUGGAUGGGCUUCUACGAAAGCUGCAACUUCUCUGACCAAAGCUGCAUCAAUGAGUGGAAUGCAAUGACUAAUCUGGAGACCACAAGACCAGACUCCCCUGUCUUGUUCUCUGAUCAGCCAACGGAGAGAGAAAGAACAGAAUGUUUAAUCAAAACAAAACUAAGAAGUGUAAUGAUGAUCCAGGACCUGGAGAAUAUUACAUCCAAGGAGAUUAGAAUCGAGUUGGAGCAGCACAUGAGUUUAAACCUGCAAGAGUACAAGGAGUUCAUUGACAAUGAAAUGCUGCUCAUUCUGGCCCAAAUGGACAAGGCCACACUGGUCUUUGACCACCUUUACCUGGGCUCAGAAUGGAAUGCUUCCAACCUUGAGGAGCUCAGAGAAUGCGGGAUUGGCUAUAUCCUUAAUGUCACACAGGAAAUUGACAACUUUUUCCUAGGAGCAUUUUGUUAUUACAAUGUUCAUGUCUAUGAUGAUGAGGCAACGGAUCUGCUGGCUCACUGGAAUGAAACCUACAAUUUUAUAGUGAGAGCCAAAAAAAACAACUCUAAAUGUCUAGUGCACUGUAAGAUGGGAGUGAGUCGAUCAGCUUCCACUGUCAUCGCCUAUGCUAUGAAAGAAUACGGCUGGUCACUGGAGAAGGCGUAUCAUUUUGUCAAACAGAAGAGGAGCAUAGCACAACCCAACCCAACAUUAAUGACACAACUGGCUGAAUAUGAAGGCAUUCUAGACUCAAACAAACUCUGGCAGCCAGGUUGUGACAACAACUCUCUGGAGGACUUCCAGGCAGCAGGUGCCUGUGGCUCCCAGAUGCUCCCUGAGCAAGAGCUGUGCACAUGGAGCCACAAGGAUGUCAGCGUGUACCCUUGCUGUGGAGAUGAACCCACAGACCAUCUCAACUAUAAUUACUACUUCCGCCGACUCUCGGACACAGCCCUGGAUAGCGAACCAUCCACACCAGUGCGUGGCCUGCCACUGUUGGGCAUGGAGCAUGUCUUCAUUGAGAUUGAGGAUGUCGAACGGGAUGCCCUGUUGGAUGACGAGGCUUUUCCCAUAGCCCACCUGACCCUGCCCAAUGAGGGCACUGCAGCACAAACCUGUGGCCGGCUGGAGCCGCUGGAGGACAUGCGUUUGAGGCUGGAGUUCAGCACAGUAGAGGAGGAGGACGAGGAGGAGGCACAGAAGGAAGAGGCAGAGAUGGUGGCUAUGGCUCGGGGGGAGGAGACAGCUCCCAGUGGAAGGGAGGAGGUGAGCCUGGCCAAUGCAAACCGCUUCAACAAUGAGAACACCAACAAUAGCAACCGUCUGGCUGGCAAACGCAGUUGCCCUUCUGGCUUUGACGACAGUUCUAGCAGCGGAAACAAAGUGAAGCCUUCUUAUCAGUCAUGCCGAGAUUGCCUGCAUCUGCCGGGCGGGCAGCAUUGUGAGCGCCGCACGCACCGCCACAACAUUCCGCGCCAUGCUGGCCUGUCCAGCAUUUCCAUCCAUGCCCCUGGGGCCAAACACCUUAGCUGCUUGCCCAUUCUCUGCCAGCUACCCAUUGCUUCUAGGCACCAGCUGUCUCACUGCACAGGUCGGAUUGUCACUACACCAGCUACAAGUAUGGACUCUUACUGCCAAUGCUUGAUCUCCCCUAUGAGCUGUGAACAGCUUGCCUCUUGUAACCUUCAAUGCCAUUUGGAGCCAGAGAACAUGGAUGGGCUCCAGGAGAUGUAUGAAGAGCAGGAAGAGGAUGGGCCUAAAGUGGCCUCUGCCAAUCCUGACACAGAGUUCACAAUACUGAAGCUAAGCCUGCAGAGUGAGAUGCCCCUGGCAGAGCUACACCAGGACACUCACCUGUACGAAGAAAACAGGCUUGGACGUCAGAGACCAGAACAGCUAGAACACAUGGAUCUGGGCAUGGAUGAGGUUGUCACAGAGGACAUGGAAGUAGACUUGGGCUCAGUCCCCAGUACAUCCCUUCCCCUUCUGAAUCAUUCCAUCACAAGCUUCACUGCAGCUUCCCUGCAACAUUGGGCCAUAAUACACAGCUCCAGCAGUGAAAACAUGCAUGGGGCACAGCUAGGUUUAGUCCGCCAACAAGCGCAGGAAAACGAAACAUGCUUACACUUCACUGGACUGCCUACAUCCUCCAGACCCAAAUGUUCUAACUCAGUGGCUAAACUUAGUGGUCUGGCUAUUUCCACACAAGACUUGUCAUUUUCUUCAGAGACUGAUCCUGUCAUUGGUAAAAAAUCUCCCAGCUCAUCUACACAUGCAGUAUUGGCACCUUUGCUGUACACUUUCCCUGGCUAACUUUUGGUAAGGUAAGAGACUGCUUUCACAAUGUACAGCGUACGGUAUAUGUAGUUGCUGUGCAUACUGAAAGAGGCCCACAAUUAUUAACUGUGUCUUGAGGCCGGUCUUACAAAAUGCCUCACAAGCGCAUUUAGGUAAUGGUCAUAUCUCAGUUCUCUGAGAUGUCCUCUGAGUUAGUAUUUAAUUAGUACUCUCUAAUUAAAAACUAAAUCUCUAAUUAAAACUCUGUAGACUCAAGAUGUUUUAACACAUAAAAUAUCAAAAAUCAUAUUGUAUUAAUAAUCUUCUAAUAUUUGCACCAUUUAUGUUUUAUAAUAUAUAAUACACAGUGUAGUGUUAUCCAGUUAUGUUUCGAAUAAUUUAAUUUCACCUAAUAAGUAAAUUGGUGUUGCAGAGCUUUUUGUUUCUCCAUCACAAUGGCACUUUUUAUAGAAGUGUUAUAUACUUUAUAAGAAUUAAGUUCCAAUAUUGUGUUACUGUGCAAACUAAAACAGUCUUAACUAGAAAACACAAAUUUGUAAACACUACAUGUAGACGUAGUAGGAUAAUGGUGAAGACAUUGCCAUAAAUGACUAAACUAUUCUGUGAAUAUAAAUAUGUAAACUUUUAUAUUGUGUACUGUAACACACUGCAUUACAAUGCCCAUAGCCUUUGUGAAGAGCGUAUGUGAACAGUAAGUUUUGAUGCCACUCCACAAAAGUGGGUUAUAGACUAAACAAGGCUAUGAGGAGAGGAGGAUAUCCUAUUUAAGGAAUCCUAUUUAAACAACAAUUUCAUAGAAUCAGCAUUGGCAAAUCCAAGUAAAUCAAUUGUUGUAUUUUUCACCAAUAAGUGAUAAAGAGAAGAAUACAGUGAAAUAAAAAUGUAGAGGACUAUGUGUCUCAUAGCCUUUCUCCAUUGUUCUUGUAUUCAUCAAAGAUUCACAGUGUGCUUCUAGCACAUAGCUUUUAAUAUGUAAUUUAGCUUAAGUUGUUUUUUGUACAAAAUGUAGUGCAUGAUGUCUAAACAAGCCUUAGCUUUAACACAUCAGUAGCCCACAGUCUGCAAAUGUACCAGAGGAUGAAUAUUUUGAUAUAAUGUUGAAAUAGAUUAUAAUCUAAUAAUAGGAUACAUGUCCAAGUCUUUUUAGCCUUUUUGCUAAAACCUGAUUUAACUAAUUAUUGAUCAUGGUUAAGGUAUGUGUAAGUCUAAGAGGUCCAACUACAGUGUAUGAAGCUUUGUCUUAUGGUAAUGAGUGGUACUUGCUAGUCGUUUGACUGCUGUUCAUUGCAGAGUAUUGCAGACCACCUAGUUUUUCUGUGCCAUGUGGAAAUAUGAAGUAUUAUCAUUUAUUGCUGUAAAGAUGUUUUAUUUGUUUUUUUGUGCUUCUGUUACAUUGUAUACUCUUUAUUGAUGUAUUUUUGCAAUAUCCAAAAUAAGCAAAAAGUGCAAUAAGUGGAAGCUAAAAUUUGAAGUGCAUCAGCAUAAUGUGCUGCGAAUGAGAGGUAACUUUUCACAAAAAGUGAAUGUACAAGUCACUUGGAGGACUAAGUUGACGUGUGAACUCUGUGUGGGACAAUCAGUUAUGUGCAGACUUAUUCUUUUAAAAGCUGUGGAAUCUUUUUCAGCUUUCUACCAAAAUCUGUUUGAAGGUGGUUUAGACUAUUGAAUUUUUCAUUCCUUCCUUGUUCAACAAUACAUUGUAAGUUCUUGGAAAAAUUACUUUAUGGAUUGCUUCAGAGCUACAAGCAGAAUAAGAACCCCUCAACACCUCUAGCUUCUUCAUCUAAACAUGAUCUUGAUGGACUGUGACCCAAAUGUACACUGCAUUUUGUAGAAAUGUGGUAUUAUUGUCUCUUGCUGCAAUCUGAAAUAUGAAUCAUAAUAAUGACAUAGAAAAUCAUUGCUAGCAGCAAAAAAACAAAAAAAAAAAACAAAUCUGAAAUGACUAAAUCUAGAAAAGAACCCAGAGGCUAUUUUUGCCUUUUCUAUGCUGCUUUUCCAUACUUGAGUGCUGAAUC